UUUGGCAACAGUCUGGCAACGACAGAAUUUUUUGUUUAUUGUUUCGUUUCUACCGCGAAUUACAGAAAAUAUUUAAAUUAAUAAUCAAUGGAGCAGAGAGCCCAGAAUAUCGAUAUUAAACUCGACACAGUUGACGUUUUGACUACUGGAACAGCAGCGGAGUUUGUGAACGGCAUCCUAGACUUCCUGCUGUUUCAGCGACGCCAGAUUCCCUUCGUCUACAAAACCUACAAAUAUUAUGUGGAGAAGUGGUCCGAUGCGGAGGAAUUUGGGCAAGCAGCGGAUCAGGGAUCGUUUGCCAACUAUCAGCUUAGCCAGCAGCGGUCCAAGGCCAAAGCUACCAAGGAGUCUAUUAGCGACAUGCGAGAGCUCAUAAGACAAGCCUUCAGGACGUCGGAUGUGAAGAGCCUACGGUUUCUGUUUGGCACCAACACCUUUAUGCCCUCAGAGGCGUACACCUUGCACAUCCCACACGACUCCAUAUCAAGGUCCCACCAUGGCGAGCACCAUGCUUUGCCUCAAGGCCGUAUCAACCAGGCUCUACUCCGUCUGCUGACCUGCGAGGAUCUGUACACACUCUUCUCCACGGAACUGAAUGCCACUAAUGUGUUCCUGGAACUGGAACUGCUUACCUCCUCGGAGACUCAGCAGGAUGCCAUUAACAUUAUACCCAAGCCUGUGCUGAGUUGCCUUCCGCGCAGCUGCAAGAAUAUACACUUGCACCUCUUGCAUAGCAGUGAGAACCCAUUGGCAGAAUUGCGAUGCUGCCAACAGAUGGAAAUUUUCGAAGAUCUAGACCUGCUUAAGCUGGCCAAACCUGAAGGCGACUGCAGUAGAACAAGCGCUUACGCAGAACCAUCGUCCAAGGAAUCUAGCGGCUGGUGGCAGUCGGGAGUCAUAGUUCGUGGAUUCAGGACUCAGCCCAAUCAAAAAGCAGGCGACUUGUGGACCAGUUAGUAUGAAUAAUACGAAUAGUAUUUAAGUUAGCCCUCUUUUUUCUAAGUAGACAAACUGUGUGCGAAUGCCAAGAAUAAAGUGUCAAAUUAGUUUCUAUGCUGCGUA